AUGUCUGGACAAAGCGUCGCGCCGCAGCGCAGUCUGAGCUUGACGGAAGAGCUGGAGAAGCUGGAGCAAUCCAUUACUCUGACGCUGCAAGGUGGGUUCAGCAGUUCUCUGACAGAGCAAUUCCGCUGUCCGUGUUCCAGGGAGCUGAUGGGCAUUGCAGAGAUUGAUCACAAUUUCAGCAAGGCACAUAGAAUCGUCACAACGGGCAUCUUACCGCUGGUGGAGCAGUAUGGAGAGCACUCGCGGGCUGUUUGGGAAGCAUCCAAGUUCUGGAAGCAGUUUUUCGAAUCGUCCGCAAACGUGUCUCUUUCCGGGUAUGAAGACCAGGCAAACGAGAACCAAGACGAGACGAGCGCCGCCGAAGACAGCAGCGCCGUGCGAGACGAGAUGACAAUUGACGUAACGGCCGACCUAGACGAAGAAGCAACAAGGGUCAGCGGCGCGGGGCACCACUCGGCACUGCAUGGCGACGAGUCGAUGCUGGAUGAUGCCGAGCUGGCUGGAAGCACGCCUCGUCCUCCACCGAGCCAGACCAAUAAAGCCAAUGUCUCCCAGCUCGAAUCUCCUUACGAGGCCAUGCGGCGGGAGAUGAUUGAUGAAGAGGGCGUUACAAUGAAAACGGAGGAUUCAGAUCAGGAGGAUUCUUCCGUCCUGUUUGCGCAGCAUACGGCACGGCUACCUGAUAUAUCAACGACGCCAAGAGGUCUGCCCAACCCGCAAAACAGAGACGGCUCGGUCCAGCGCCACAAGGAUCCGCUACUACAUCGCGUCCUCGACAAGACGUAUCGCCUACAGGCUACGCCUCACAAGUCGGGUGUUCGAAUAUCUCCCAUUAAAGGCAAGCAACCGGAGCUGCCACCGCCGCAGCAGAGAGACGUGCCAAUGUGGCAGGACGAUCCCAUGUCGUCUCCCGAGAUUGCCGUUCCAACACUACGAAGCGAAGCCUUCAUGUCUCCAUACAAACGACAGCGCCUGGCAGCGGCAAGCCAGGCUCCUAGAACCCCUGGUGUCAGUGUGCAGACACCCGCCACCGCAAAAAAGACCAAGGACGUGUUUGCCUUUGGAGAAAAGACGCAUGAGAUUGACUGGGAAAGCGAUGACGAUGACAAUCUAGGCAUGAGCCCGCCCAAGACAAUCCAGUUUGCACUGCCGCCCUCGAAAUUGCUCCAGACGCCGGUGGCUAACCCACCGUCUCUGUUUUUCAAAUACAGCACGAGAAGCUAG